AGAGAAGAAGCAGGCAGUUUUGAGACAGGUGGAGCUGGAUCAAGCUGUGAAAGUGAUUUGCUUGAAGCUGGUUGACUAUGAUCCGUCACGCUCUCUGAAGGACCAGUAUGGAGAUUGGCAUUCUGAACUGUUAAUGGGGACAUGGGACUCACGUUGUCAUUGAUCAUUUGUGUGGACUUAACCAGCGAAGAGCAACAGAAGACACUAGAAAGACAGUGGAAAUUAUAGCAGUUUUUCAGGUCACCAAAUCUUGUUAUUUUAAUUUCUGUCUGGAAGAAUGUCUGAGCAAGGUAAAUUGAACCAGGAGACAGCAGAGGAAGCUGCGAAAGAGCAGGAGACUGCCAUCUCCGAAGGGAACUCGGACAACUGUAUCCUUAAUAAAUCUGAAAGCUCGGAAGUAGAGGAGAAGGAGGAGAAGCUCAGCGAUGCCAAGACAGAGCUGCAGGUGUUACUGCCAACAAAAAGUUGUUAUCCAAAGCCUAAGAAGAAACGAGGUGCAAAUCAGAACCAGCAGAAAAAGAGAUCCAAGUCAGGAGCUAAGGGAAAACUUGUCCGGAGUCUUGCUGUGUGUGAAGAGUCAUCCCCUCGCCCAGGAGCAGAAAAUAUUCAUGAUAAUCAGGACUCAAUCCAACUACAGCUUUCAAGUUUUCCUAGCUUGCAAGAAGAAGAUAAAUCUAGUAAAGAUGACUCCGAGAAAGAAAAAGAGAAGGAUAAAAAUAAAGAAAAAGAUAAAAACAGUGAAAAAAACAAGAUCAGAAUGUUAUCAAAAGAUUGCAGUCAAGAGUAUACAGACUCAACAGGCAUAGAUUUGCACGAGUUUCUCAUUAACACAUUAAAGAAUAACCCCAGGGACAGAAUGAUACUCUUGAAAAUGGAACAAGAAAUUAUUGAUUUUAUUAGUGACAACAAUAAUCACUAUAAAAAGUUCCCUCAGAUGUCAUCGUAUCAGAGGAUGUUAGUGCACAGAGUGGCAGCUUACUUUGGAAUGGAUCACAAUGUGGAUCAGACUGGAAAAUCUGUAAUUAUCAACAAGACCAGCAAUACAAGAAUACCAGAGCAAAGGUUUUCUGAACAUUUAAAAGAUGAAAAAGGUGAAGAAUCCCAGAAGCGAUUUAUCUUGAAGCGAGAUAACUCUAGUAUUGAUAAAGAAGACAAUCAGCAAAACAGAAUUCUUCCAUUUAGAGAUGACAGACGAAGUAAAUCAAUUGAAGAGAGAGAAGAGGAGUAUCAGAGAGUGAGGGAGAGAAUAUUUGCACAAGAUUCAGUUUGCUCCCAGGAAAACCUUUUUGUGGAAAACAGUAGGCUGUUGGAAGACAGUAGCAUAUGCAAUGAUACCCAUAAGAAAAGACAGCUGUUUAGGGGUAACAGAGACAGCACGGGGAAGGCAUCUGGCAGUCGACAGAGCAGUACAGAGAACGAAUUGAAGUGGACAGACCACCAGAGGCCAUGGAGCAGCACGGACUCGGACAGCUCAAAUCGAAAUUUGAAGCCAGCCAUUACAAAGACAGCCAGUUUUGGUGGCAUAACCGUCCUGACAAGAGGAGACAGCUCAUCAAGUAACAGAAGUACCGGCAAACUGUCUAAAACAGGCUCAGAGUCUUCCAGCAGCGCUGGCUCCUCAGGAUCACUGUCACGAAUACAUCAGCCUCUCCAAAGUGCAUCUCUUGUCCCCGGGGUGACGGCCAGCUCUUCAGGCAGCGUGUCCUACCCUGAGAAUGGGAUGAGUGGCCAGGUGGCCCCCAGCAACACCAGCUAUAUCAUUCUUCCACUUGAAGCUGCAGGGAUACCGCCUGGCAGUAUCCUUCUCAACCCACACACAGGUCAACCGUUUGUAAAUCCUGAUGGGACACCGGCAAUAUACAAUCCUCCCAGUGGCCAGCAGACGAUGAGGAGCCAGAUGGUGGGACAGUCUCAGCAGCAGCCUUCAUCCCACCAGCCUCAACAGGUUCAGCAGCCACAGCAGCAAAUGGCAAGUCACCUUGUCACACAGCGAGAUGACAUGACAACACAGUUUAACCAGAUGAGCUUAAGUCGUCAAUCAUCAGGAGACAACCCUGAAUCGCCUUCUGGUCCUGUCUACCCGUCGCCUAUCUUGCAGCAGCCUGCCCAGCAGACGGGUUACAUUAUGGCCUCCCCAAGUCAGCAGCUUCCCCCGGGAGGCUUUACAGGUUCAGGUCCACCAGUAUCCCAGCAAGUGCUGCAGCCGCCACCGCCGCCCCAGGGCUUCGUGCAACAACCACCACCACCACCACCUGCUCAGAUGCCAGUGUAUUAUUACCCAUCUGGUCAGUACCCUACCUCAACAACUCAGCAGUACAGACCCAUUGCCUCAGUUCAGUACAAUGCACAGCGGAGUCAACAGAUCCCACAGACUGCACAGCAAGCAGGUUACCAGCCUGUCCUGCCAAACCAGCAGCAGGGGUUCCAGGGUCUUAUGGGAAUGCAGCAGCCGCCCCAAAGCCAGAACCUGAUGAAUAAUCAACAGGGAAAUCAGGUGCAAGGCAUGAUGGUGCAGUAUCCAGCCAUGUCGUCUUAUCAGGUGCCAAUGACCCAGGGUUCUCAAGGAUUGCCACAACAAUCAUAUCAACAACCAAUCAUGCUACCUAAUCAAUCAGGUCAAGGAACACUUACAGCCACUGGAAUGCCUGUCUACUGUAAUGUCAUACCUCCUGCCCCACAGAACAACCUACGGUUGAUUGCCCCACACUGCCCCUCCAAUAACGUUCCAGUUAUUUCUGCCAGCUGCAGGACAAACUGUGCGAGCAUUAACAACGCAGGGUGGCAGGUCAAGUACUGACACUGUGGCUUAGUGUGGAUGUACGAGGAUAGCGGUGCAUUAUUUGACAAAUAACUCAUGGCCUUCAAAUGAAGAGGAACACAACAGGAUAAUCAGUUGAGGACAUAAGUACUGACUAUGCUCAAGUGAUUUGCUGCUGGAAAAACCUGUAAAAAAAUAAAAAUAAAAUAAAUUUUGAAAAAAAAAAUGUUUGCUGGUUAAUGGUGCAUAUUUUUGUCAUGUCUGCUAGGUAUGCCUUUAUAGCUUAGCUAGUGACAUGAAUUCAUUGAGGUAAGAUUUUUUCCUACCACUGAACACCACUGUGUAGAUUGUAAUAUCCCUGAUUCGGAUUAGUUUUGUACUUUGUGUUGAGUUUGUGAAGCUAAAAGUAUUUAAAAAUAUAAUGAAAAUCACAUUGUACCAAAGCUGUAAUGGAAAUGAAAAAAAUAAAAACAAAAAAAGAAUUACUGAAUGGAAGGAAUAAUUUAUAUACACUAUAGAGUUUUUUUAUGGAUAUAUACUGUAUUGUAGUGCUUAAUCACAAUAAAGCUAUUUGACCUCAUGGAGAAAGGUCAUGUUUCUA